AUGUUCAGUGUUCGGUGCGAUGUGGGCAUAAAUCAAACCAUUUUGAACUCACUGGCAUACCGAAGUAUGUGCAUAACUUCCAGGAAGGAUUCAUGCAGUAUUUUCAGCAAAGUCAUACCAGGAAUUCUCGCUCAAUUUUCUCCCAAAUCUCUUGGCCAGAUAUCAGCUACAUGCUGGACAUUUACCUUGUACAAGUCUUCAGUACUGACCAUUGCUGCUGUUGCAGGAGCUCUUCUUCUAAGCUAUUUCUAUCUCUCGUCAGCAUGCUGCAAACAGAUCGCAUGGUGCAUGAGACGUAUAAGAACUCAAAUUUGCAUGCAUACUGCUUCUGCGCAUUCUACUGAGAGCAUUUUGUUUCCGAAAAGAAGAAAAGACAGCAGAAGAAACUCUAUGGAUUUACGUUCCUGCGUGAGACUAGCUCCGACGCUUCCAACGAGCUCCGAUGUUUCCUUCAGAAAACGACAUUCAGAAGAAGAUACGUUGAUUUGCGAAACUGAUUGUCAAAACCUAUACCUGGACGCAUGUCACACAGCAGAAAGGAUUCGCAGCGCUGCUAAAGCGUUAUCGAUGACACACGGGGUGUAUGAGGUCCUGUUUCUCUCAGAUAUAGCUCUCCCCGACUUUCAAGCUCAACUUUACGGGAAGGACGAGCAAGGAAUUUGCAUAGAACCCGCGCCCUUCGCUGAGUUCAUGAAAGAAAUCGAGUUUUUCGAGGAGUUCAACCAUCGGAUAGAAAGAGCGACUCGGGAAGCACAAAACCACUAG